GCAGCUGCAGCAAGAGGUGUACACACGCCUCCUUCCUUUCCGACGUCAAGUUCAUCUGCUCGCAUCGGACGCCGUACCGUUUAAGUUGGGCGUUGAAACUCGUCAUCUGCUCUUGCAACCGGAAUGCUCGUGAGGGAUGUCGACGCGGGGGCGGUGGUUGGUGGUUAUGUUUGGAGUCGGGAUGGUGUUCGUGGUCGGGUGUACGGUGUACAUGCAGAAAACCACUUACAACAGCUCCAUCCCAGUCGCCAAGGAGAAGAAGUCGCAACUACAUGCAUCCGCCACGGGCAACGCCAGCCCUGUAGCUGUGAGCGUCACCGCCAGAGUGAUUGCGCUCCGCUCCUUAGAAGCCAUCAAACAUUCCCGUAUUCCUCUCACCGACCGCGUCCGCCUCGCCUGCGGAACCUUCCAAGACAUCCUCAAGGGACCUGCGCCGGACGCCGCGGCUCGCCAACGCGUCCUGGCCUACAAGACACGAUUGCACUUGCUCUUCAGCGGCGUCGUGCGCGACGUCCUUUACUGUUCCAUACCCAAGGUUGCCAACACGAGUCUCAAGAAGCUCCUACUCACUUUGGACGAAAGUCACAAUGGACGGUACACUGAGAACACUUUGCAUUCGUACGUGAAGACGGCGCUGGCAGUUCCGCAGCUGCUGCGUCACGGAAAGACUUCCUUGUCGCAAGUUGAAAGUGCGUUUAAAGUGAUGUUUGUGCGGCAUCCGUUCGAGAGGCUCGUAUCGUUUUUUCAAGACAAAGGAAGGCGUGGCACCAAGACCGGGAAUUACUAUUACCGUACCUACUGGAACAGAUUGAUGAAGAGGCUCAGAGGAGCACGUGAAGUGGACACUUUGAAGUCCAUGCUGACGUUCCGGGAAUUCGUACACCUUCUGCUAGAGACGAGUCCAAAGCAGUACGAUCUUCACUGGCAGUUGUAUUCUGAUAGAUGUGCGCCUUGUACAGUUCAAUACGAUCUGGUGGGCACAUUCGAUGACCUGCCAGAUUUCUAUCGCCUUCUGGGAAGAGACUACACCAACUGGGAAAACAAGGGACCGAGCAAUACUGCUAAUGAUACAUUGUACCAUUUUUCCCAGUUGUCGCGCAGCGCUGUGAUGAGCCUGUAUAGGGUAUAUUUUAAGGAUUUCUUGUUGUUUGGUUAUUCAGUGGAGCCUUACCUGGACGUUGCUCAACCGUAGUGUAAAUAGGAAUGAAAUAAAUAGGAGCAAGACGA